GCUCUCUUUCAUUCUGCCCAAAGUUCACCGCACACCAUCAUGCCUAUUGAUUUCAGUGGGACGUGGGUUCUGGAGAAAAAUGACAACUUUGAGGAUUACAUGAAAAUACUCAACAUCGAUUUGGUCACUCGAAAGAUUGCCAUUCAUUUGUCUCAAACCAAAGUUAUUAUCCAGGAUGGAGACAAGCUUACAAUAAAUACACUCAGCACCUUCAGGAACUAUGAGAUGAGCUUGACAAUUGGGGAGGAGUUUGACGAGUAUACCAAGGGACUUGACAACAGAAUGCUUAAGACUUUGGUCAGCUGGCAGGGUGAUACAUUGGUGUGCACACAAAAGGGAGAAAAGGCCAACCGUGGAUGGAAGCACUGGAUAGAGGGAGAUAAACUACACUUGGAGCUGUAUUGUGAAGACGUUGUUUGUCAUCAAGUGUUCAGGAGAAAGCAGUAGUGUCUACUAUGAUGGUCAUUAAACAAGAAAAUAAUAAAGCCUCUGUUUUGUCAGGAAUAAAAAUGACAAUAAAAGUAUAUGUAAUAUUAGGUGUAAUAAUGGUCAUUUACACUGUAUUAAAAAAUUCUAAUUUC